AUGGGGCAGCCUUUGAAUUACCCUUAUCCCCAAAUCUACUGGGUGGACAGUAGUACCAGCCCUCCCUGGGCUCCUCCAGGGUCUGUUCUCCCCUGCCCAUCCUCUGUGCCUGGAAGGCCUGAUCAAAGGAGGCCACCACCACUUCCACCCCUACCACCACCACCACCGCUGCCACCACCAUUGCCUCCAUUCCCACCAUCACUUCUGAAGAAGAGAAGGAACCACAACACAGGCCUAUGUCUCCUUGUGAUGUUUUUCAUGGUUUUGGUGGCCCUAGUUGGAUUGGGGCUGGGGAUGUUCCAGCUCUUCCACCUGCAGAAGGAGCUGGCUGAACUCAGAGAGUCUAUCAGCCAAAAGCAUAUAGCAUCAUCUUUGGAGAAGCAAAUAGGUCAGCCCAGUCUACCGUGUGAAAAACGUCAGGUGAAGAAAGUGGCCCAUUUAACAGGAAAGCCCAACUCAAGAUCCAUCCCUCUGGAAUGGGAGGACACCUAUGGAAAUGCCUUGGUCUCUGGGGUGAAGUAUAAGAAAGGCAGCCUUGUAAUCAAUGACACUGGACUGUACUUUGUAUAUUCUAAAGUGUAUUUCCGGGGCUAUUCCUGUAACAACCAGCCCCUGAACCACAAAGUGUACAUGAGGAACUCUAAAUAUCCCCAGGACCUGAUGUUGAUGGAGGAGAGGAUGAUGAAUUACUGCACUACCAGCCAGAUGUGGGCACGCAGCAGCUACCUGGGAGCAGUGUUUAAUCUUACCAGUAAUGACCAUUUAUAUGUCAACGUAUCUGCACUCUCUCUGGUCAAUUUUGAGGAAUCUAAGACAUUUUUUGGCUUAUAUAAGCUCUAA